AUUUUCAGCUGAAAACGAGCUAGGAUAGUCGGGAAUCGCAUAUCCAGGAGUCAUUCCCGGUAUGGGGGACAUGAAGACCCCAGAUUUUGAUGACCUGUUGGCAGCAUUUGACAUUCCUGACAUUGAUGCCAAAGAGGCCAUCCAGUCUGCCCCAGAUGAGGCCGAGGGGCCCCACGGAGCUGCAAGCGCGCCCCUGGGAAAGCCGGAUAGCGUGGUGGGCGUGGGGUCAUCCUUGAGACCGCCGAGCCCCUCGGACCCUCAGGCGGACACCUCGAUCGUGAGCGUGAUCGUGAAGAACAAAGUGCGCCUCGAGACCGUGGAUGGAGGGGAGGGAGACGCAGACCAGGACCCCAUCGACGUGAUCGCGGGGGUCGAUGUGGGUCCCCGGCUUGGCGCCUGUGCUCCUGGGAUGGCUGAAUCGGAGGCUCUCAACCACAACGGUUUCGCAGCAUCUGGUGUCUCCACACCGCUUCCCCUGAGCCAGGCUCAAUCUAACGGUGCACCGUGGUCCAUGAACACCCCCAAAGUGUCCUCAGAAGCAGCAGGUGCCAGCACAGCCAAGUCCCACAAGCAGGGCGGUAACAUAUUCAACAGACUUAAGCCGCUUGUGGCACAGGGGUCCGGAGAUCCGGUGGGUCGGGCCAGGAAGAUGCAGCUGCUACAGCAGCAGCACCAGCAGCAGCAGGAUACAGGCCAAGAGAGAGCGGAUGGAGUCAAGGCGUCGUUACCUUCAUCCUCCUCACUGUCAGCUGGCUCGUCUCCUCUGGCUGCUGGAGGACCUGUCGGACUAGCAUCGCCUUUCUUUCCACCCUCCAAGCCUCUGCUCUCAACUCCACCUUCUGCUCCCUCGUCACACCCGCUGCACACAUCUCAGCCUUUUAACGGAGCACCCAAAGGUGGCCCUGCUGGAUUUCAACACCAGCAGAUGGAGGAGGAUGAUUCUGACCCUGAUCUGGGGAGUCCGCUGGUGAUCCAGGAGAACCCAGACUCUCCGACUUGCACUCAGUUGAGCCGACGUUACAAGUCUGACUCUGUCGCAGCGCAGCCCACGUCCUCUACUGCAUCUCAGCCGAAACCUGGGGACACUCCUUCAGGGGCGUCUCUGACUUCAUCAACCCCCCAGUCUGGGUCCACAGAGAGUCCCCAGGUGGAGGACAGACAUCCAGAACAUGUCAUAGAGGAGAGAGACUCACCAGAGAGUCCUGAACCGGAGGUGCCAAAAUCAACGGCUCAAGGCACGGCUAAGAGAUGCUCCAGCCCCGCGGUGGCCUCCACUCCGCCUCCUGCUGAACUAAGGGAGCCUAAAGAGGAGGAGGAAGAGAUGGAGGUGGGGAAUGGGAUAGACAGGGUCGUUGAUGGCAAAGCUGACAAGGGAGAAAAUGCGAGAACAGGUGAUGAAAAUAUGGAGGUGGGUGAUGGUAAGCCCAAAGCCCCGACUGCUGACAGCGGAGAAGCCGUCAUCGCUGCACCUGCUGCCUCUGGAGCUCCAUCCCGACCCCUCAAAGUCAGAAUAAAAACUAUUAAAACCUCCACAGGGGGAAUCACCAGAACUGUCACAAGGGUAGCACCUAAAGGUGGCGCUGCAGGGAAAGGCUUGGACCCUAAAGCUCAAACUGGGGAGCGGAAGGUGUUAGGAAACAAGGCCCAGAAACUUGAGGCUUCCCCUGGUCACAUGACAACAACCUCCCAGAAAGUAAGUGCUCUCAAUGCUCUGCCCGUGUCUACGCUGGCAGCCAGCAGCGUCAUGCUCGCCGCGGCCACCAAGGUCCAAAACAAAAUGGCAGCGUCUGACAAGGCAAAGGUUUCUGCCACUGCAGUCAGCAUCACUAAAUCUGCUGCCCUGCCUGUAACUCCCGCCGUGGCCUCCUCCCCGAAGUUCUCCGUUGCUGCUGGUGGGAUCAGUGUACGCACAGCCACUAACAAAACAGCUAACGGUGGUAGCGGCACCAUCAUAGGCGGCACCCUUCAGCCAAACAAACCUGCCUCCAUUGUCAACAGCACAGGAGCCGUCAUCUCCCGGAGUCAGUCGAGCCUGGUGGAGGCUUUUAACAAAAUUCUCAACAGCAAAAACCUUCUGCCAAGCUACAAGCCCGACCUGUCGGCUCCUCCUCCCCCUGAGUGGGGUCUCCCGCUCCCAGCCACCGGGUACCGCUGCCUGGAGUGUGGAGACGCUUUUGCUCUGGAGCGCAGCCUGGCACGACACUACGACCGGCGGUCGCUCCGCAUCGAGGUGACCUGCAACCACUGUGCUAAAAGGCUGGCCUUCUUUAAUAAGUGCAGCCUGCUGCUGCAUGCCCGGGAACACAAGGAGCGUGGGCUGGUCAUGCAGUGCUCACACCUGGUCAUGAGGCCUGUCACUGUGGAGCAGAUGAUCGGACAGCAGGACAUAACGCCAAUCGGUGGCCUGCUCUCCUCUUCGUCCUCCUCUCCUCCAGUCUCCUCUCCUUCGACCACACCCGGAGGCCCCGCCAUCUCCGCCAACUCCAGCCCGAUGAAGGACGCUUCGUCUUCGGCAGCAGCUCAGCCUCGACCCGUCCGCCGCGCACCUCAGGGUCCCCAAGCGCUCAUGCCUCUGCCCUGCAAGAAGGCCGAGGGGCUGCAGUACAACAACUUCAAAUGCCCAGAGUGCCAAACACAAUUCUCUGGCAAGGCCGAGCUGGUCACUCACUUCCAGCAGAUCAGAGCUGCUCCCAACUCAACGUGUACGCAGUGCUCGCCUCCCAUGAUGCUCCCGAACUCGUGUGCCGUGUCCGCCCACCAGAGGAUCCACAAACACAGAGCGCCUCACGUCUGUCCCGAGUGUGGAGGGAUCGCACGGCAGGCCAGCUUCCAGACCCACCUGGAGGAGGCCUGUCUGCACUUCGCCAGGCGCAUCGGUUACAGGUGCUCGAGCUGCCAGGUCGUGUUCGGAGGCUUGAACUCCAUCAAGUCCCACAUCCAGACUGCUCACUGCGAGGUCUUCCACAAGUGCCCCAGCUGCCCCAUGGCCUUCAAGUCUUCCCCCAGCGCCCAGAGCCACAUCAGCACCCAGCACCCGACGCUCACCGGAGGACAGGCCAAAAUGAUCUACAAGUGCGUGAUGUGCGAUACGGUUUUUACCCAGAAACCUUUGCUGUACAUGCACUUCGACACUCAUUUAGCCAAACAAAAGGUGCACGUGUUCAAGUGUCCCGACUGCACCAAGCUGUACGCCCAGAAGGGUUCCAUGAUGGAGCAUAUCAAGACGGCUCACAGAGGUCCCUCAGCCAAACAGGAGUCUCAGUCCGAUGCUUCUAACCCCGCCUCGGCGCCGGCCAACACCUCCGGCCCAUCCGGCCUCAAGUCGAAAUCCUCCGGAAAACCCGACAACUCCGACGGAGAGGACUGGGGCCGGGAACAGGAGGAGGAGGAGGAAGAGGAGGAGGAGGAAGACGACGACGGGGACGAGGACUACGAAGCUCCGGGUCACUCCGCCGCCGCGGGAGGCAGCAGUCACCCGGCCCAGACCGAGUGGACCUGCCCUCAGUGUCAGACCACCUUCACCGACAAUGAGGACUACCUGAGUCACGUGAAGAUGGAGCACGGCAAGUUCCCCUGUCGCAUCUGUGGAGGAACGUUCAGCACAUCUUCCAGCCUGAGGCGUCAUGAGCGGGUCAUCCAUGAGGGCAACAAAAGAGUCUUCCAUUGCCAGUGAGAUUCAUCAGGACAUGAAACCCUGUCCAGCUUCUGACUGGCCUGGUUUGCUCAGUCUCUCUCUGCCGUCCUUUGUCCUCAGGGUGCCCCCAUGACCAGGAAGCGAGCGGCCACGGGGGGAGAAGGUCCAGGCAGCUCCUCAGAACAAGACGGUGAAGUCGGGCCGCCUGUGGGCCGAGCGGGAGACGAGGAAGAGAACUCCACGGAGGACAGCGCCGGUCCCGCAAAGAGAACCAGGGCGUCCAUCGCGUCCACCUCAUUGGCGCCCAACGAGUUGGAGGAAGAAGACAACGUGUUCCGUUGCGUCCCGUGCGGCUUCACCACGGAGGACGGCGCCGAGUUCCAGCGCCACAUCCCCCAGCACCGGGGCGACACCGCCUCCUUCCAGUGCCUGCAGUGCGGCGUGUGCUUCGCGUCGGCCGGCUCCCUCGGCAGGCACCGCUUCAUCACCCACCGAGUGCGGGACACCCAGAGCGACGCCGACCGCGGCACCCCCCGCGCCCACGGCUCCCCGGACGGCUCCCCCGCCGCCUCCCCCCAGGCUCAGGGCGAGGACGGAGACGGGAACCUGAGCUGCAAGGUGUGCGGCCGGCGUUUCGACAAGGCCUCGGACCUCAACACCCACUUCAGGACCCACGGCAUGGCCUUCCUCACCGCACACAAGACGGACAAGCCCCAGUAGAGGAGGAGGAGCCGGUCGGCCCAGACUGACCCAUCAGCCACAGCGAGGAGUCGAGGAUCAGCGCCGAGGAGAGAGAGAGGCUGUAGAAUAUGAAUGUUGAAGAAACAGAGCUGCUUGCGUGCAGUUUUUUCUUUUUUUGUUUUGUUUUUUUUUAGCCACCACAGACGGUUUUACUCUCUAUGGCACCUCUUGUGUGCGAUUGUAACUGCAUGUUUGAUCAUGUUAGUGGUCACUUAACUGAACUCACCUGUGAUAGACUCUAGAGUAAAGCAUUUACACGUCGGCCAUACCGUGUCUAAUACAUUUCGUCCCUCCAUCUCAACCACUCUGCACUGACUGUAGCCACCUGCCUGUUUCUUACCGUAACACGGACACAUCCCGCCGUACUCCCCACAGCUGUAGUGCCCAUAUUUUGUACUUCACGCUCGUUUCGCCUCAAAGCCCGUUUUGUUCUGGCAUCGGAUCAGCUUUAGGAGGUUCAACUGAUCUCAAUCUUGAAGCAUGGAAGGGGAGCGUUUGGAGGAUUUGACACUGAUUUUUAUGUUGCUCUAAUAUUUAUUUAUACGAAACACACAUUACUGCUGUCGGUGUUCGUCAUGCGAGUCGAAUCUGACCGGAUUGCCGGCGCGAUUUACCCGCAACAGAGACAUGAGCUGAGAAUCUGUGGAAGCAUUUCAUUAGGAGACGAGGUUACUGGAGGCGUGUAACCUGUGUAGUGUGAAUAACGUGUGAUGUUGUUAAUCGUUAAGCUAGAAGAAGAAGAGAGGUCAGGCUUCCUGCCAGUAGUAUACGUGUACGAGUUUUGCCAUGUAAAUACAUAUAAUUACACUAAAAGAAAGCGUUCUGGUUUUAGUAUCUUGCUAUGAUAAUGUGAAUACGUAUAGUAUUUGUACUUGUACUGUUCCCUUUUUUUCCAAAACAAUUCGAAGUUUAAAAGAAAAAAAAAAAGAGAAAAAUGUCCCCCCCAGAGUUAGCUUCUACAGUGUAAUUACAGAGCCGAGGGAGAGCGCGGGGGUUGUGUUGUCUUAAUGUGUAUGAAAAACAAAUGUUUAUCUCUUUGAGACGGUUCUUUUUUAUCGACAGAAUCAGUGCUUGCUGUACUCACGUUUCUUUUGUAUGUUUCAAAAGCAGCCUUCAUGCUCACGUGAUGGAGGUCUACGAGUGGAUUGUUUUGUUUUUUUUUUCUUUUCGUUUGUAUCUUUUAUAUGUCAUAUCAUAUUUAUAUAGCUCAAUAGUGGAAAAAAAAACGUCAUGUCAUUUUCUUUUCCAUGGUUGUGGUCUGCUUGCUGAAAUGCCAUACACUUUUGUGCUGUUUCGAAAUAAAUGUGAAAAAGAGAGACGA